CUGCUCAUUCAUCAGCGUCCCCCAACGACUCACAAUCGACAGUCACGCUUGACUCGAGUACUCGUCACGAAUUUAUUCACUCUUUUCCCGCCAUGGCAACAUUGCAGAGCGCCAUCAAUGGCGCCCCUUCAGCGACGGCCGUCAUCGUCCCGUCCAAGCCGAAAGCACUCACGAUUACCUACGAGGCCCUCGUCGCCGAAUGCUCAUCCUUCCAGCGCAAGCUCGCUGCAAUUGGCAUCACCCACGCCUCGCCCGUCUCAAUCGCCACCGUCAACUCGUACGAAUUCAUCGUCUCCUUUCUGGCCGCGUCCUGGCAGCGCGGCAUCGCAGCUCCCCUGAACCCGGCCUACAAGCAGGACGAGUUUGAAUUCUACAUUGACGACAUCAAGUCCGCCCUCGUUCUCGUACCCCGCGGUGCGUAUGCCGCCAACGCAGCAUCGGUCAAGGCUGCGAGGAAGUUCAACGCUGCCAUCGCCGAGUGCUACUGGGACGAUGUCAAGAACGAGGUGGCCCUCGACGUCAAGGACCUGGGCCAGCUCAAGGGCAAGAGCAAGCAGCCCGUCCUCACACCGCAGCCCGACGACAUCGCCCUCGUCCUCCACACGAGCGGGACCACCUCCCGACCCAAGGUCGUGCCCCUGACGCACCGCAACCUCACACGCACGAUGAAGAACAUCCAGGCCACGUACCAGCUGACGGCCAAGGACCGCACGAUGCUGGUCAUGCCGCUGUUCCACGUCCACGGCCUCCUGUGCGCGCUGCUGGCCCCGCUCGCGUGCGGCGGCUCCAUGGUCGUGCCCACAAAGUUCUCGGCCACCGAGUUCUGGAGCGACUUUGUCGCCCACGAGGCCAACUGGUACACCGCGGUGCCGACGAUCCACCAGAUCCUCCUCAAGCACCCUGCGCCAUCGCCUCUGCCGGCGAUCCGGUUCAUCCGCUCGUGCUCGUCCCCCUUGUCCCCGACAGUGUUCCACCAGCUCGAGGAGAAGUUCAAGGCCCCGGUCCUCGAGGCCUACGCCAUGACCGAGGCCGCUCACCAGAUGACCUCGAACCCUCUCCCGCCUGCAAAGCGGAAGCCUGGCACCGUCGGCCUGGGGCAGGGCGUGCUGGUCAAGAUUCUGAACGACGCGGGCGACGAGGUGCCGCAGGGCACCGAGGGCGAGAUCAGCAUCCAGGGCGAGAACGUGACAAAGGGCUACAUGAACAACGACAAGGCCAACGCCGAGGCGUUCACCAAGUCCGGGUACUUCCGCACGGGAGACCAGGGCAAGCUCGACGAGGACGGGUACGUCGUCAUCACGGGCCGCAUCAAGGAGCUCAUCAACAAGGGCGGCGAGAAGAUCAGCCCGAUUGAGCUGGACAACGUGUUCACGCGGCACGAGGCCGUGUCCGAGGCCGUCAGCUUUGCCGUCCCGGACGAGCUGUAUGGCCAGGAGGUCGCCGUCGCCAUCGUGCUCAAGCCCGGCGCCAGGCUCUCGGCCGACGAGCUGCGCGGCUGGACCGCCGAGAGGAUCGCCAAGUUCAAGGUGCCCAAGCAGGUGUACUUCACCGAGGUCAUGCCAAAAACGGCGACGGGCAAGAUCCAGCGCCGCAUCGUGGCCGAGACCAUGAUCAAGCAGGCCCAGCAGGCCAAGGCGAAGCUGUAGACGGAGGGGGAAGGGGGCCACGGUGCUUGCGCGCGUGCACACGCGCGCGGGCGUCGAUCAUGCUGGGAAACUUGCCAGUUCUGCCAUCAUUCUGUCACAAAUAGAAGAAGAAGAAGAAGAUCUAUAGGCGAGCGAGAUUUUCUCAAACCCUAUCUAGACCAGUAUAGAGACAGACGUAGAUGUAGACGUAGACGUAGA